UUUCAUUUCAGGUUGAAGAGAAGAAGGAUCCGAAACAACGCUACUAUGAGCACCUUGAACUCCAGUUUAUUGCAGAAUGUGUCAUUUGUGCGCCCCGAAUACUUUUACAUCAGUGGAUUUUCUGGAAUACCUUUCGUCAAAUAUUACUUCAUAUUUUUAUUUGUUACCUAUUUCGUAGCUGUUUUUGGGAAUUCAUUUGUACUUAUCAUGAUACUGACAGACCGAAGUCUACACGUUCCUAAGUACAUGGCAAUCUUUAAUUUAGCUUUAGCAGACUUCGGUGAAACAAAUGCAUUGAUUCCCAACUUAAUUAAGACCUUUCUUUUUAAUUCACAGUACAUAUCCUACAACGCUUGUUUAGCAAACAUGUUUUUUGUUUUCUUCUUUAUCAGUGUACAGUCUUUAACUCUUGUUGUCCUGGCAUAUGACCGCUAUAUUGCUAUUCGCUUACCUUUAAGAUAUCAUGCCAUUGUGAAUAACUCCCUUAUGUCUGCAGCUUUAAUGGCAGUAUGGUCAUUUAGCACUGUUGUUGUUACCAUGAUGGUAAGUUUGAUCACCCGACUUUCCUUCUGUAAAACCAAUGAGGUAAAAAGCUAUUUUUGUGACCAUGGACCAAUUUAUACAACUGCUUGUAAUGACAAUACAGUAAAUUCAGUUAUGGCAAAACUUUGGACUGUACUAUUCAUCUAUGUACCAUUGAUUGCUGUAACCGUAUCUUAUAUAGGCAUUUUUCUUGAAUUAAGUAAAAUUACAACAUGGGAGGGACGGCUUAAAGCCCUGAAAACUUGUUUCUCUCAUAUGUUUUUAGUAGGAAUAUUUCUUUUCCCAAUUUUAAGUACAUAUAUUGCUGCAUUAACUUUUACUCUUCAUCCCAAUGCUAGAAUAAUCAAUACUUCACUAUCAAGUGCCAUUCCUCCCAUGGUAAAUCCCAUCAUUUAUGUCCUGAACACAAAAGAAUUCAAAGAUUUCAUAGUAAGAAUGCUCAAAAAGAGAUCCAAAGUAAUGGUCCAUGUUUUAGCAAAUGAAACCAACCUGUAA